AUCUCGCGAGAUCAGAAGCGGAAAAAGGCAGAUUUUUCCCAAGUGUAGGCAGUGAGAGAGAAUACUACCUUGGAGAUAAUAUGGAAUGAACGUUUUACUUUAAGUUACGCGGGAAAAAGACAAGUUUAGCGGUUUUGUUUUUGUCAUUUUCUUUUUCAUUAAUUCGUACCUCUUCUGUUUCGGUAGCCGUAUGUUACAACCUGGAGAGUCAAUGUUUUCAUGCUGUGCGGUCUGUAUAAUUCAUGUUGCAUUGUGCAGUCCGAGAAACAUCACCACAGCAAGCGACAGCAACUUUAAUCAAUUCCUUUGUCACUUCCACUAUCGACCUUGUUGUUCUUAUUUUUUUAAUUAUAAAAAAUGACCGGUGAAAAGAUCCGCUCUUUACGCAAAGAUCACAAACCCAGCAAAGAUGAGGAGUUCUUAGAACCCGACGAGGAAGCCGCGACUGGGACAUUCACUUCGACCACAAGGACUAAGAGCAAAGCCAGUAAGAUCUUUACCAAUCAUAAGCUGAUCAAAUCUCCGUCGGUACAACAGCAGCAAUCGCAGAUCAAUGCAAACACCAAUACCAAUACUAAUACAACAAUUGAGACUGUUGAUGACAGCAAUAAAAACCCGAUCAUCAGGAACGUGGUGGACUUCCCGGUGCACGAAUGUGUGUUCCAGGGAGAUGUGCGGAGGUUGUCAUCACUAAUCAGGACCCACAGUAUAGCUCUGAAGGAUAUGCAUGGAAACACACCUUUACACCUUGCUGUAAUGAUGGGUCACAAAGAGUGUGCCCAUUUACUCCUGGCCCACAACGCCCCUGUAAAGGUGAAAAAUGCUCAGGGAUGGAGUCCUCUUGCAGAAGCUAUCAGCUAUGGAGACAGACAAAUGAUCACAGCACUCCUAAGAAAACUGAAGCAGCAGUCAAGAGAAAGUGUAGAAGACAAGCGACCGAAGCUACUUAAGGCUCUUAAAGAGCUGGGAGACUUCUAUUUAGAGCUUCAUUGGGAUUUUCAAAGCUGGGUGCCUUUGCUUUCCCGUAUUCUGCCUUCGGAUGCAUGUAAAAUAUAUAAACAGGGUAUCAACAUCAGGCUUGAUACCACACUUAUUGACUUUACUGACAUGAAGUGCCAACGAGGCGACCUCAGCUUCAUUUUCAAUGGGGAUGCCACUCCGUCAGAAUCUUUUGUAGUUCUAGAUAAUGAGCAGAAAGUUUACCAGCGAAUCCAUCAUGAGGAGUCUGAGAUGGAGACGGAGGAGGAGGUGGAUAUUUUGAUGAGCAGCGAUAUUUAUUCAGCAACUCUUUCCACUAAAUCCAUUACCUUCUCCCGAGCCCAGACUGGCUGGCUUUUCCGAGAAGACAAAACGGAAAGAGUGGGGAAUUUUUUAGCAGAUUUCUACUCUGUGAACGGCUUAGUUCUGGAAUCGAGGAAGCGAAGAGAGCACCUCAGCGAAGAAGACAUUCUGAGAAACAAGGCCAUAAUGGAAAGUCUUAGUAAAGGAGGAAACCUUAUUGAGCAGACUUUUGAGCCUGUCCGACGACAGUCCCUCAAUCAACCUACUCCAAACACUAUCUCCUGGGAGGAGUACAUCUCUGCUGAAAACGGAAAAGCCCCUCAUCUUGGCAGAGAACUGGUUUGUAAAGAGAGCAAGAAGAAUUUUAAAGCAACUGUAGCAACGAGUCAAGAUUUCCCUCUGAGCAUUGAAUCGCUACUAAAUGUUUUAGAGGUUAUUGCACCUUUUAAGCAUUUUAACAAACUCAGAGAAUUUGUCCAAAUGAAACUCCCACCAGGAUUCCCAGUAAAACUUGAUAUCCCUGUGUUUCCUACCAUAACAGCCACUGUGACAUUUCAGGAGUUCCGUUAUGACGAGUUUGAAGACUCCAUCUUCACUAUUCCCAGUGACUUUAAGGAGGACCCUAGUCGGUUCCCUGAUCUUUAACCUGAAUGCCUCUUUUGUGAUUGGACACUUAAUACCUUGUGUAGGACCGUACAUUGUAACAUUUCAGAUUGACUGCCCUUUCUAGUGGCAAAGCAUAUUGGGAGCUUCCAGGUGCUUCAAUGUAUCUUAACUACAUGGAUGUAAAAACAGUAUUCCUUGUAAGCCCUUAUGGACCAUACUAAAAACAAAAGGGGCACUGGGUGCUGUUGUUCAUCCAUUUUUAUCCUUUAACUUAGAUGUUAAACACAAUGGAAUAUGUUCACGUGGAACAUCUGUAAAAAUGGAAUGUCUUAAUUAAUACUACAUACAGUCAAGUAAUCCUAAACGCCUCACUGACAGUGACGGUGUCCUUAUAAAUAUUAGUUUAAGCCUUGUUUUCAAAUGAGUUUGUAUACUAUGUAACAAAAUGGUAGCAGGAAUGUACAUUUUAAGGUAAAAAUGCAUUUUGCUAGAUGAUUGAAUAAAAAUCCUCAACUAUUUAAAAUGUAAAUUACAUUUUUAAAGGUUGUAAAAACUAUUUGUGUAAAUACCUCUAUUUUUGGUUUGGUUCUUUGUUACCACAAUCUCUCUAAUCUCUGUUUAUGUUUUACAUGCAUUGUGUAAUAAUGGUAUUGCUGAAGAAAGAAAGAGAUUGAUAUGUAAGGGAGGUUUUUAUUACAAGCCUUAGCGUGACUGCUUCCAAACAGUGUUUAGUGCUACAGGAAACGUGUACAUACCAAUCCUUUCUUUUGGAUGUUUCACUGCUGUUAACAAAAAGUGGGUAACAAGUUGUAUAAUGAAUGUUGUGCAACCCUUUCACUUUGUGAAAUAACCCCCUCAAGUGUUUGAAAAAUGGCACAGAAUGUGACAACCUCUGAUGUAUUUGGAACCCCCAGUCACUAAAUAAUCACUACAAAUGUGUACAGUAAUAAAGUUGUAAUAUACCUCACAA